UCUCUCUCUCUCUCUCGUGCAAGAACGAACGGGUUUUAUUUAUUAAUCACCGACAAGAACAUGAGAUGCAGAUGAAUCUGCAACGACUCGCCGGAAACAAUACCGAGGCACAUUCGAUCAUCAUGGAGGCGGAGUCCCAUCGUCCGCAGCCCGCGAUCAACUGCCACCGCCUACUUUCCAACUGCAUCCGCCAUCCAGAUGAGCAAGUCACUGGCUUUUGUGCAUCCUGCCUCCGCGAACGUCUGGCUGGCCUUGACAAUGCAAAUGCCCGCCGCCACUCCACCUCCUCUGCUUCCUCCUCCGCCGCCCUCAAAACUAACUUCUUUCGCCCCGCCAUUGGCGUAAAUGGGCGUCCUUCUUCGUAUUCUCAACGCCAAAACGGCCGCAACAAGAACUACGCGGCCUCCUCUCUCCGACCGGAGCUUCGUCGCUGCAAAUCUUUCGCCGGCGGUCCACGAACCGCCGCGGUGGCCGAGCCGGAACGCAAGUCAUGUGAUGUCCGCGUCCGGAGCUCUCUCUCGUCCUUAUUUCACCAGGAAGACCGAGAUAGGAUCGUCCAAGGUGGCCAGAAAUUCCCCAUUUCAUCGUCCACCGUCGCAGCCGACGUCUUGGCGGCCGGCGACAUUGAGGUUGAUGCGAACUCGGUCCUCAUACUGGAGACUUCAAAAUGCGAAAUGGAAGAUGCUAGGCCAAUGAAGGACCACAUAGAUCUAGAUUCUUACUCCCAAACCAAGAAAAUCCCUACCAGGGACAUCAAAGAGAUCGCUGGAAGCUUCUGGCUCGCGGCCUCAAUCUUCAGUAAAAAGCUCCAGAAAUGGCGGAGGAAACAUAAGCCGAAUAAAAGCGCCGCCGGCGAAAAUGGCAUAAGCAAGCCCUCGAUUUUACAAACGGAGGGUGAGAAAAUUCGCAUAUCUUCCCGCCGGUUCAGAGACACCCAGUCGGAGAUCGCCGUCGAUGCUUUUGGCCGCCGCUCUUGCGAUAUCGCUCCAAGGUUCUCUCUUGACGCUGGUCGCAUCUCCUUCGACGACCAGAGAUGCUCAGUGGACGGGCCCAGGGCUUCUUGGGAUGGUUGUCUCGUUAACAGUGAUCGAUCCUUGCCUUCUAGGCUUCCGGCGAAGCUCGCCGUAGUUGAAGACUCCGUCCAGCGUACCGACGGCCUCAUCCCUGUGGAAGAAGAUACAAAGACGCCUGGCUGCUCAGCGCAGACACGGGAUUACUAUUCCGACUCCUCCAGUCGCAGAAGGCGUAGCCUUGAUCGCUCUAGCUCAUCGCGAAGACACUCGGUUGUGCUCUGCGACACAAAACCAGCCAUCAAUGCCAAUAUUCCCGAGCUCUUUCAUUGGAGCAAACUGGAGCGGGAGCCCAAGAUUUGGGGCUCCAAUUCCUCGAGAGAAAAUUGCUCCGGAAGCUUUGAUUCCACUUUCAGGGAUCCAUGUGAUAGCAAUCCGAUGAAAAAGUCCCGCCUUUGGAGCAUUUGGGGGUUUAUCCAUCGGCGUGAUGGGAGCAGGGCAGGAGGAUCCCAAGUAAUGGAGAGAUCCUUCUCUGAGACUUGGCCGGAGCUCAGAGCAACAGAGAGUAUUCAAAGGAGCAGUAGUAGCGUGAGCGCAAGGAGAUCUUUUUCCGCCAAUGGCGGGCUCACAAGCGCACUGAAGAGCGGCUUGGACACCACUUGUCAGAAAAAGAAAAAGAAGAAGGAGAAGAAGAAGAAGAAGAAGAGCAAUGACUUUGUUUUUGAUAAGAGCCGGAGUGCGAGGUAUUCUCCGAACCAUUUCGACCAUGGAUUGCUUAGGUUUUACUUGACGCCUACGAGAGGUAGCUGGAGAAGCGGAAUGCUGACAAAGAGCAAGUUCAGCAGUCCUCGAUCCUUCACAAGUAGCUUACUUAGAUUGUAUUGAAACAUGAAUUGUCUUACUUCAGGUUCAUGCCCUUCUUGUCGUUCUUAUAUUGAUAGUAUUUUUAUCCAUGAAUGUGAAGGGAUAAAGAAAAAAUUUCACAGU